UAAAACUUAAUAUUAGGAUUUAGGAUACACACACCCUUUGGAAUCCAACGCUUUCUAUCUUCUCUCUCACAAAAUCAUCCCCACCAACAAAUUCUCCUUAGCUUUGCAUUUUAAAGUUUUCACAAUCUUCCGUAACUGCACAAAUCCACAACUGCACUCUUUAUAAACAGUCCUCACAUGAAUGAGUUAAGUUACACUUGUCAAGCUGCAAAAUUAUCGCAUAACAUCAACUUUUGGAAAAGUAAUUAACUGAAAAGUUAUCUUUUCAGUUUUUUUUCUUCCUUGAAAUUAUUUAAUUCUAGCUUUUAGCAAUAGAUGUCAAUGCCUCUCCAAAUAUACAAGUAACUUGUUAUCUUGAAGGAUAUUUUUAACCAAUAAAAGGAGAUUUUAUUGAACAUCGAAUCUUCCAAGCCAUCACUCUUCUCUCUAUCAUGUUGAAGUCAUAGUUUUCUUAUUGACAUGAUUUAUAAUUAAGUUUCAGAUACACUUACACUUAUUGUAAUCAAACAGUUACACAUUAAGGGUAUGGCAUUCAACGUUUAUCUAUAUCUCUUUCACCUUGGUGUCUUCACUCUUGUUAUAAGCUCUUUGGUUACAAUCACCCAAACUGUGGCACCUAUUCUUGAUGUUUCCUCUCUAAGUAGGACUAGUUUUCCUCCAGCUUUCAUCUUUGGCACUGCCUCCUCUGCCUACCAGUACGAAGGUGCUGCAAAUGAAGGUGGCAGAGGACUAAGUACUUGGGAUACCUUUGCUCAUCAAAAUUCAGAAAAAAUAUUGGAUGGAAGCAAUGGAGAUGUAGCUGUUGAUCAAUAUCAUCGCUAUAAGGAAGAUGUUGGGAUCAUGAAAUAUAUGAAUAUGGAUGCUUACAGAUUCUCCAUCUCUUGGUCAAGGAUAUUGCCAAAAGGAAAAGUAAGCCAAGGUAUAAACCAAGAAGGAAUCAAAUAUUACAACAAUCUCAUCAACGAGCUUCUGGCAAAUGGUCUUCUUCCAUUUGUGACCCUUUUCCAUUGGGAUCUUCCUCAAGCCUUGCAAGAUGACUAUGGUGGCUUCUUAAGUCCUCAUAUUGUAAAUGAUUUCCAAGACUAUGCAGAGCUAUGCUUCAAGGAAUAUGGAGAUAGAGUGAAGCAUUGGAUUACCUUUAAUGAACCAUGGAGUUACAGUAUGGGGUCAGAGCCCUACAUGAGCUCACACUACCAACUACUUGCUCAUGCAGCUGCUGUUAAAAUUUAUAAAACCAAUUAUCAGGCAUCUCAAAAUGGUUUGAUAGGCAUCACCUUAAAUUGUCAGUGGUUUGUUCCAUUCUCAAAUGACACAUUAGAUCAUCAAGCUGCCCUACGAGCUCUUGAUUUCAUGUUUGGAUGGUUCAUGGAACCACUUACAACAGGGAAUUAUCCAAAAACCAUGCAAUCCUUGCUGGGAAGCCGAUUACCAAACUUCACUGAAGAGCAAUCCAAGCUACUUAUUGGCUCGUUUGAUUUUAUUGGACUCAAUUACUACACCGCUAAUUAUGCUGCCCAUAUAUCCAAUCCAAUUAAUAACACGAGCAAUACUAGCUAUUACCAAGAUUCUCGUGUCAAUGUUACAACUGAACGUAACGGGACACCUAUUGGACCAAGGGCUGCUUCAUGUUGGCUUUAUGUUUAUCCAAGGGGACUUCGAGAACUAUUGUUGUACAUCAAGAUGAAGUAUAACAACCCUGUAAUUUACAUAACAGAAAAUGGUAUGGACGAGUUCAAUGAUCCAACCAAAUCACUUGAAGAAGCACUCAUGGAUACUUAUAGAAUUGAUUACUUCUAUCGCCAUCUUUAUUAUCUUUUAAUUGCGAUCAAGGAUGGGGUGAAAGUACGAGGAUAUUUUGCAUGGUCACUUCUGGACAACUUCGAAUGGAAUUCUGGCUACACCUUGCGUUUUGGAAUUAACUUGGUCGAUUACAAGGAUAAUUUGAAAAGAUACCAAAAGCUCUCUGCCCAUUGGUUUAGGAGUUUUCUUCAGAAGUACUAGACUUGUUGCAUGAUGAUCCCCUAUAGUUAAUAAAAUGAAAACUUGGUCAUUAGUCAGCAACAAGUUUAAUUUUAGGUUUUUUUUUUAAAUUACAAGCAUCUGGGUCUGUGAUUGUUCUAUACUUUCCAUGGUGUUCAGUUUUUGUUAACUGAUAUAUUAGGAUUCAUGGUAUGAAUGAAAAAGGAUGUUUAUUUUUGGACAUUGUUGAAAUAUUUUGAAUGAGAUUAUUAUGGUUGCGCAGUAGU